AUGGACAAUGUUCAAAACCGGAUCAUUCGAGAUGGAGCUCACUUACCAUCUACAUGCAGCACUAGUGGUCGUCAAUCAACAGACAAUUUCCAGCAACUUACAAGAUGUUUUGCGAGCGGUAAGGGCUCCAGAUCCAGGUCCAUCCUCUACGACGCACGAUGGGAUGUGUACGGCGAGUUCCAGGCUAAAUGGGACAAAGCCAACGCCGAAGCCGCCGCCCUGGCGGAGGAGCUGGCGGGGCCGCCGCCGAAGCCCCGUCGGGCCGGUUUCGGCCCCAAAGCCGACGCCGCCGUCAACGGUGGCGAUGGCACCGCCGCGGCCAACCGGCCACGGCGCAUCGCGCCGCCGGUGGUGCCGGCGGACGUGGACUGGCCGCCAGGGUACGGCGAUCUGCUGCUGUCGUACUUGCAGACGGAGCUGCCGCUGGCCGCUGAGGAGGCGGCGCAGAUGGUGGAAGCGGCGAGGCGGGGUCUGCUACCCGCGAGCCGAGAGCUCAUUCGUACACGCUACAUGCACCUCCGGGAUUUGGAGCCCCGGUUUCCCGGCUUCAUCGCACGUUCCGCAGUGCUCUCCGAGCCGCGUCUCUUGCGCCACUCCGCCGCCAAGCUCAUGCGCGCCAUGCUGGUGUUCCAAGAUCUCUGGUCUGUGCGUCCCGUGGGGCCGCUCAUGGCGCACAUUGGCAAGUUCAUCGUCGAUGACCCAGUAGGUCUAGCACACCGGAUCCACGCACUUACUCGUGCGUUGCGGUCGGAACUCGACGUAACGCUCGACCCGCGACGACUGACCCCUGGGUCGGUUUUCCUGUCCGCCGCGCCGUAUGAACUCGACGCACGCGUCGCCGCCGUCGCCACGAUUUUCGGACGCCAGGGAGGGCAAAGGCUGCUGGCAGCGGAUUUAAACGUGCUGCGCUACGCGCUGCAGGAGUUAAAUUCCGCCGUGUUGGCGUUACGUGCCGUGUUUGCAGCGCGUGGGUACGGCAAGCCGCGGACGCAUCACGUUGGUACGGCAGCGGGUGCGGCGGAAGCCGCGGCUGAUCGGGCAUAUGUUACGGAGCUUUCCUUGGCGUUUCCGGGGGUGUUGGCGUUACCGGGCCUGUACGGAGAGGAAGGGGUGGCGGCGCUGGUGGAGGGUUUGGCGACAGCGGGUGGCGAGCGGUACGGGGGGGAUGCAGGCAGAGCGGCGUUGCUGGAGGACUUGGCGGCGCGGCCUGAGGUGUUGAGGACGGCGGCGGAGGCUGCGGCGGAGGUGUUGGCGGCGGCGGGAGGUCAGUCGUUGCAGAUACGGGAGGCAGUACGGCGUUUGGCGGGGGAAAUAGGGUGGGGAAAAACUGGGGACCCGGAGGUGGCGGCGGCACGGGGCUCUCUGGCUUGA